CACGUGAUUUGAUUGGUUCAUAAAAGUAGGCUGCGCUAAUCAAGAUGGCAACUUACUUUGAUGUAAACAUGUUUUGUCUUCUCUUAAUAUUUUCUCUAACUUUUGUCUCAUCUUUUGAUGAUGAGUUUGAGGGACUCCAAUCUCUUCCUGUGGACCAUAGCUUUCAGUCUAGUCCAGAUUCUGCUUUCACUCGAAGGGGCAGCAUAAUUAUACGAUCAUUUAAAAUGAACAAAGCCCAUUUCUCACCAGCUGGACAGCUGACCCCACAAGAAAAAGAAGUGUUGAAAAGUGCUGCUGAACGAAAUGAUUUCUAUCGAAUUAAAAUUCCUGUACGUCCAGUCGGUUCUGCACAUGAAGAGGAAUCUCAAAAAUAUGUUUCUACCUUCAUACUUGCCUGCCAGCUGUAUGAAUCUGGCUUGUCAGAUUUACUUACUUUGAAUGUUGACCAAUCUGGUGUAAUUGUUGGAGUUUCCAUGUCAUCAACUGUAGGGCAGUGUAUGGAUGUCACUAUGCCAGAUGAUGCAAUUAGUUACUGGAAUACAACUAUUGAAAUUGUCCAAACUGUAACAGGUCCAUUACCAGAAACACAGUUGUACAUUGACAAACUAAAACGAGAGGAACAUGAUAAGCAGAAAGGUCAGCAAGGGGACAAUCGGUCAUUUUUCGCAAAAUAUUGGAUGUACAUUGUUCCAUUUGUGAUUGUGUUGAUGUUAGCAUCUAAUUCUGAUCCUCAAGGUGGUGGUGGAGGUGGUGGAAGAUAAGAAUGUACAAAAUUUUGUAUUUAUAUAAUAAAUUAUUUGACUCUUUAAA